GGGCGGCAAGGCCUGGACUGCGGCGCUGGCGGGCCGCCGAGGCGGGGCUCGGCUUCCCCCCUCAGGUCUUUUGGCUGCCGGGAGGGUGAGAUCAGCAGGCGCCGGCCGCUCCCACGGCACCGCGAGUCGCUCCGCGCCUUAUAACGUCCCUGCCUCCGCGCCUCGCCUUCCCCCGCGCCCUGAGCAGCAGCGAGGCAGCCGCCAGCUGGUCCCCAGCGCCCGGUCCUGCGUCUGGCAGCGAGCGGAGCUCCCCAGCGAGCGGACACGCACCCAGGCAGGUUUCUCCUCCGUGCCCGUCCGGACUGUGGGGCGAGCGGCCCCGCCGGAGCGUGGCACGUAACCGGGCAGCCCUUCAGGCCCAGCCCAGUCGCGCUGGGGCCGUUCCGCCUUCCGCGGGGUCGCCCGGGCAGUAACCGCCGCCCAGGGGGUCUCCGGCCCCGCCCACGGCUGCCGAGGGGGGCGCGCGAGCAGCCGAACCCCGCGCCAGGGAACGGACCCGACGCGGCGCGCGGCACCAGGGGAAACGAGACAGGGCAGCGCGUACGCGGAACCUGAGCCGCUCACUCAACUGCCGCCCAACCCGGCGCGUGGCCUGUGUAUACCGCUAGGGGACUGGGCUCGCGACUCCUGUGCCCAUUGGCUCAGAGUCAACCUGUGACAUUCCACUACAUCCUGAUUGGCUGGCCGGCCAGGUCUGGACUCCGCCGGUCCCGCUGUGAUUGUGAACAAAGCCGGAAGAGGAAAGAGUGACGGGGACGGGCCGCUGCAGGACCAGGAAGCUGCAAUGGAGAAUGAGCUGCUGAUGGCCUUUCUUUUGUCAUUUUCCGUAUUGUUCUGCGAAAGUCACCGUCAUGAAGUAGAGCUAGCUACUAUUGCACAGACCUCUGAGACAUUCAUUCUAGAUAAGGCAGCUGGUAUCAACACUGAAUUGGCAAUACUUAUGCAGAAGCAUCACCUUCAGGAACUUUUCCAUCGUUAUGGGGAGAACAGUACUUUGACUAUUGAAGGAUUUAGAAAGUUGCUGCAAAACAUAGGAAUAGAUAAAGUGAAAAGGGUCACUGUUGGCCACGAUCAUGAUCACCAUCUUCAUCAUAACCAUGUUAUGCUAAGCAAAAACUUUGAGAGAACAGAUUGCCCAAAUCAUGAAUCUGGUGGUGUAAAUAAAGGUCCUAGUAAUGGUCAGGCAAAGGAAUUACAAAGAGUAGAAAAUGCUGAGCACAAGCAGAACUUGAUAAGCAACAAAAACACUGUUAUGGGAAUAACUGCAUCUAGCAACAUCACUGCUACAGAUGGCAAUCCUGUAUUACAGAAUUCAGAAAUCAGAGCAGUGAAGCCUGUUGUUCAUACAAGUCUAACCAGCCCCAGUGCCAUGAAUGUUACAGAAAGCAGCAGUGUGAGUUUACUUGUUAAUGGAAAAGCUAAUGAAUCACUUCUUUCCCUAAGGGAAUCUGAAAGAGGGAGUUACAUGUAUUCUAAAUUUAAAAACCAAAAUACACAAGAGUGCUUGAAUGUAUCAAAACUGAUGACGUCUCAUGGAAUAAGUACACAAGUAUUGUUGACUGCUACAGAAUUCAGCUAUCUUUGUCCAGCAAUUAUUAACCAGAUUGAUGGCAAAUUCUGCAUAAUGCAUGCAGCUAGUGAAAAGGCUGAAAGCCCUUCAAAAAGCAAUUCUUUGCAAAUAGCUUGGAUUGGUGGUUUUAUAUCAAUCUCCAUCAUCAGUUUUCUUUCUUUAUUGGGUGUUAUAUUGAUACCUCUGAUGAAUCGUGUAUUUUUCAAGUUUCUUCUAAGUUUCCUUGUGUCACUGGCUGUUGGGACUCUGAGCGGAGAUGCUUUUUUACAUCUCCUUCCACAUUCUCAUGGAAAUCAUCACCAUCACCACGAGAAACCUUUACUUGAACAAAAUGAAGAUGCCCUGUUCAAGCAUCUUGUCUUUCAAAGUGUAGAAGAAACUGCUUAUUUGGAUUCCACAUGGAAGGGACUGACAGCCCUUGGAGGCCUGUAUUUCAUGUUUCUAGCUGAGCAUUUGAUCACUUUAAUUAAGCAAUUUAAAGACAAGAAGAAAAAGAAAAAAAAUGAAGAUGCAGAAACUAAGAAGUUUUCAACAAAUGAAGAAAAAUUAGAUGCAGAUUAUCGGCCUGAAGGUUACCUAGGGUCAGAGUCACAAGAUCCAUCACACUUCAUUUCUCAGCAACCUGUGGUACAGGAAGAAGAAGAAGUCAUGAUAGCUCAUUCCCAUCAAGAGGAAGCUGACAAUGAAUAUGUAUCCAGGGGGUGUAGAAAUAAAUGUCAUUCACAUUUACAUGACACUCUUGGACAGUCAGAUCAUCUGAGUCACCAUCAUCAUGACUACCAUCACAUUCUGCAUCACCAUCAUACCCAGAACCAUCAUCCACACAGCCACAGUCAGCGCUACUCUCGCGAAGAGCUGAAGGAUGCUGGGAUUGCUACUCUAGCCUGGAUGGUGAUUAUGGGUGAUGGACUACACAACUUCAGUGAUGGCUUAGCAAUUGGUGCAGCCUUUACUGAAGGUUUAUCUAGUGGAUUAAGUACUUCUGUGGCUGUAUUUUGUCAUGAAUUACCCCAUGAGUUAGGAGAUUUUGCUGUACUUCUAAAAGCUGGCAUGACUGUCAAACAAGCUGUUCUUUAUAAUGCUCUGUCAGCUAUGCUAGCAUAUCUUGGAAUGGCAACUGGGAUUCUUAUUGGUCACUAUGCUGACAAUGUUUCAAUGUGGAUAUUUGCACUUACUGCUGGCUUGUUCAUGUAUGUGGCUCUUGUUGAUAUGGUGCCUGAAAUGCUGCACAAUGAUGCUAGUGAUCAUGGAUGUAGCCGCUGGGGAUAUUUCCUGUUACAGAAUGCUGGAAUCCUGUUAGGUUUUGGGAUUAUGCUGCUUAUCUCUGUGUUUGAACAUAAAAUUGUGUUCAGCAUAAACCUAUAAUUUUGGUUACCUGAUGUUGAAUUGAAGAUUAUAGUAGACGUGGUUCUGCUUUUUCUAUUAGCUACUGUAAAUGAGCUCUAGGCUUUAUAGACUAGGCAUUCUUUUUAACUGAUAUGUCUUUUUUUCCAGAAGUAAAACUGAAUGGUAUGA